AUUAUAAUCUACUGUACCUGAGACAGCGAAAUAAAGUGGAUAUGAAUCAUUAUGUAAUAGUUUCAUUCCUACGGUUCUAUAGUCGCUGUCUCUAGUUAACUAUAUUAUCAACACAACAAAAAAAUGUCUCUGACAAUGAUUGGAGGUGUAAAAAUCCCCAUCGUGGGGCUAGGAACAUGGCAGGCUACCAAUGAAGAAGAACUGGAAGCCGCCCUUGAGGCAGCUUUGGAAACUGGCUACCGCCAUAUCGACACUGCAACUGUAUACCAAAACGAACAUGUCAUUGGCAAAGUUCUAAAUAAAUGGUUGACUUCCGGCAAGCUUAAGAGGGAAGAUAUUUUUAUUACCACCAAGCUUCCAUCGACGCACCUCCAUCCCGAUCUCGUUGAGUCAGCUCUAAAAGAAUCCUUACAAAAGCUUCAGCUUGAGUAUGUUGAUUUAUAUUUGAUGCAUUCUCCUAUAUACAUGAAAUUUAUCGAAGCUGGAAAGCCCAUGGAACCUCUUCCCACUGAUCAUCUGGCUGUUUGGAAGAAAAUGGAAGAGCAAGUAGAUGCGAAAAGAACUAGAACCAUCGGUGUUUCCAACUUUAGCGUGGACCAACUCGACAGAAUAGUGAAAAAUUGUAGAAUUCAACCAGCCAAUAUUCAAGUAGAACUUCACGUGUAUUUCCAGCGGAAACAACUCAGAGAUUACUGCAAAAAGCAUAAUAUUGUGAUUGUGUCGUAUGGUACACUUGGAUCACCUGGAUUGAACGAAUUUAUGAAAAAAUUUGGCAGUAAAGUAGACAACCCCAGUCUUCUUGCUGAUCCAGUAGUAACCAAAAUCGCACAAAAACACAACAAAGCUACCAGCCAGGUACUGCUAAGACAUUUAACUCAAAAUGAUAUCGUUGUUAUUCCCAAGAGCGUGAAACCAGAGAGGGUAAAGCAAAACUUUAAUUUUCUUGAUUUUACACUUGACGCCGAAGACUUGAAAGCUUUGGAGGCUUUGGAUAAAGACGUAGAGGGAAGACUGUUCCGCAUGGAUAAUCUUAAUCCCAAAAUUAAAGACCAUCCAGAGUACCCAUACAAAAGUAAAUAAAGUGAC